AUGAAGUUCUCAUCUGUAGCUAUUGCCGGCGCGGCUAUGGGCCUUGCUCAUGCUACUCCUCUCGCUGAGCGCGCCCAAAUUACCGAUGCCGAUGUCCUCAACUAUGCUUUGACCCUGGAGCACCUCGAAGCUGCUUUCUAUCAGGAGGGUCUCAAGAACUAUACUCAAAGCGACUUCCAGAAGGCCGGCAUGCAGGACCCUUUCUACGCCAACCUCAAGGAGACGGCCAGUGACGAGCAGCAGCACGUCCAGUUCUUGACCAAGGCUCUGAAGGCCGCCGGUGCAAAGCCCGUCGAUGCUUGCACCUACACUUUCCCUUCCACAGAUGUCAAGUCUUUCCUUGCCCUUGGAAGUAUCCUGGAAGGAGUGGGUGUCAGUGCUUACCUUGGUGCGGCCGCCAGCAUCAUGGACAAGACUUACCUCACUGCCGCUGGCAGCAUCUUGACCACUGAGGCCCGUCACAGCGCCUACUUGCGUGCGGCCCUGGGCGAGGCCCCCGCCGCCCAGGCCUUCGACGACCCGCUCGACUUCGACGAGGUCUAUACCCUCGCCUCGCAGUUCAUUGCCUCUUGCCCCGAGAGCAAUGGCAAGCUGCCAGUCAAGGCCUUCCCCGCCUUGACUAUGCCCUCCAUGGCUCCCGUCAUGACCGGCUCCAAGGUCGACCUGAUGGUUGCCGGUGGCAUGUCCAAGGAUACUUCGGAUAUCUAUGCCGCUUUCAUCACCGUCACCGGACCAAUCUGGGCUCCCCUUGAGUCCACUGGUGCUGGCAAGUUCAGCGUCACUGUUCCCGAAGGUAUCGCUGGCCAAAGCUACGUCGUCUUGACCAAGGGACACCAGCAGGCUACGGAUGACAACAUCGUCGCCGGCCCCGCUAUCGUUGAGGUUGGUGAGCCCAAUGGACCCAUGGGAAUGGGCUCGAAGUGCACUGGUAGCGGACCCGGCCCCAAGGCCUCCAUGUCCAGCUGGUCGUCGAUGUCCAUGCCUAUGCCUACUGCCUCCAAGACUGGCAUGCCCUCGAUGUCUUCGGGUAGCAUGGCCUCUUCGUCCGCUUCUGCCUCGUCCACUCCCGUCUUCAACGGUGCAAGUGGAAAGAGUGUGAGUGGUCUCGCCGGUGUCUUCGGAGCUAUGGUUGCCUUUGCUGCUUUCUUGCAGUAA